AUGAUCCCAAGGGCUUUAGAAGGCAGUUGUUUACCAAAUAAGAAAACGAACGGUGAUUGGCGAGGUGAUCUGCAACAUCCAAAUUUGGAGCUAAAAACCUCAAUAGAAAUGAAAAAACUGUUAAAAGAGACUAGAAAACGAAGAGAAAGAACCAAAAUCAUGGUCUCUAAUCCUUCAGAAACCACUUUUAGCCAGGACAACCUAUAUAUUAACCAAGAAAAUACAGAGAAUAAACCAACUGCAGAGUCAUUUGAAACUUUGUUGGAAGAACAGCCAUUAGAGACUGCUAUGAAACAGAUCUCUAUAUUAUCACAAACCCCUCCAACUCAUUUGCAGAAGUAG